AUGUGGUUGGUAUCAUUCCUUCAGAACAGUCUUCCAGCUUUCUCCUCAGUAUGUAGCGAGGAUGUUGUUCUUAUUGUUCUUAUGAAACUAAGACUUAAUGUACAGAAUUAUGACAUAGCCGCCAGAUUUGACAUUUCACCUACUACUGUGUCAGAAAUUUUGAACAGGUGUAUUCCUAUAAUUGCAAAGCAGUUAAAAUUUAUGAUUCACUGGCCUGAAAAGGAAGACAUUAUUAGAACACUGCCCAAGGUAUUUAAGCCAAAAUGCAGAAAUGCUAGAACCAUCAUUGACUGCACAGAAAUUUUCAUUGAAAGACCAGGAAAUUUAACUGCGCGGGCAUCCACUUGGUCCAACUACAAGCAUCAUAAUACUUUAAAAUAUCUUGUGGCAAUUACUCCAUUGGGUGCAAUAUCAUUCAUUUCGCGGGCAUUCGGCGGAAGGACAUCAGACAAAAUUGUUACACAAAGGAGUGGGUUUCUGGAUUUACUUGAGAAUGGAGAUCUCGUGUUAGCUGAUAGAGGAUUUCUAAUCAGUGAAGAAGUCACCUCGAGAAACUGUUUUCUUGCUAUACCAGCAUUUACUAAAGGACAGUCACAAUUAACUCAACAACAGGUUGAAACUAGUAGGGCUAUGUCACGUGUGCGUAUUCAUGUGGAAAGAGCAAUAGGUAGACUGAAGAAUUUCAAAAUCCUCAGCACACUUAUGUCGAUAAGCAUGGUUCCCCAUUGUGAUAGUAUUUUAACAAUUUGUUCAGCCAUUUGCAAUCUUCAACCAAAACUUGUAAAGUAAAUGAUUACGCCGGAACUCAUCAUAGUAUUUAAGGCUUAGUGUUUAAUCAGAUUCUUCAUUUAAGAACUGGCUCAAACCUUUAUAUACAGUGCUUUAAGGGAAAGACCUCUAGUCAUAUGCCAAAAGUAUCCCGUUAACAUUUUAAUAGUUAAUCAUUGUUUUCCUUAGGAAACAGUAUAGCAGAAAACUAUUAGUAGUUUCUGAUGUAAAUAUAGUUGAUAUUUAUAUUUUACACCACCUUCUUACAGUGUGCUUAACACAGUAAAGCAAAACAAGAAUGAACAUUGUUCAAAAAUCUUUUAUUUUAUUUCAUAUUUCAAAUGUGUAUUUUUGUUUAACAGUUUGAAUAACAAAUUUAGACUUAACAUCGAUUAUUAACGCGUGCUUAACACAGUAACGCAGAAGAGUAAAAAAUGUUCAAAAUCAGAUAUUACUUCUGGGGACAGACCUCUAGUCAUAUGUCAAAAGUAUUUUUGUUACAUUUUCAUAGCUUAUCAUUGUUUUUAUUAAGAAACAGUAUAUGAGAAAACUAUUAGUACUUUCUGAUGUGAAUAUAGUAGAUAUUUAUAUUUUACACCACCUUCUUACAGUGUGCUCAACACAGUAGAGCAAAUCAAGAAUGAAAAAAUGUUCAAAAUCACAUACAUUACUUUUGGUCGACAGUUUUGAUAGCUAACUCUUUCUAACUUCAAUUUUUGUUUAGCAGAUUUAAAUUCUACAUCCAGUAAUACCAUGUGCUUAACACAGUAAAAGAAAAGAAUUUUUUUCAUGAAUCAAAUCUAUUAGUAUAUAGAUUUCACAGAACUUUUAACUUUUUCACAGCAUUCAUCACUAUGAGUUCUUAUUUGUUUCAUCACUAUGUUAAUUUAUUUGUUUUACUAUGUUUAUUUAUUUGUGUCAUUAUUACUUUGUUAAUCAUUGUAACAAUUACUGGAAUACAGAGUAACAACAUUGCAUAUAGUUUGUAUCUCUUUCCUAAAGGCUUGUCAAAUAAAGCUAUACAGUCAAAAUUGAGAUAAAGACCACUUCCAAAUAAGGGCUAUAACUAUCAAAACUUGCUUAUAGAGCUUAUGCCACCAAUCUCUCUUCUCGUGUAAUCCAAUAGCUGUGUAUAUAUACUUGGUCAACAAUGAAAAACAAGAAAGCUGUGAUGGUUCUGGUUCGCUCACCUGACAGAUAUUACAUUUCAGUAAUAUAUAUGCUUAACUGAAUACAAUGUUUUGCCAAGUUAAACAUAAAAGACCUCAGCCUAACUAUAGAUUAUUAUAAGUUAUUGAGCACUAUGUCAUACCAAACAGACAUUAUCAUAACAAGAAUACAUAUAACAUUAUAAAACUCCGGAUGCAUUCUGGUGAAGUUUGCUCAAAAUUUCUUAAAAGUAUUGACAAUGCUUUCCUUUAAAAUGUGAAUUGUCUGUUGAUUUGAAGUGUUCACAAAGGUUUCCUUCUGUUGAUAUA